UAGUCAUUCACUUAUUAGAAACGAAAAGAUUCAUGUUAGUCCUUGAUACAUAUUGCAACAUUUAUUUAGCGUUCCAUAAGACAAUGCAAAGGAAAUUUGUCAUUCAGGACGUGGUAAAAAAGAACAGCAGAACAAAGAAAGGCCUACCCCAACAUGCAAACGUCAGCAUCAACCCCCUGACAAGAUAUCCACACCCCUACGAUAAUGGCGCUACUGAACUAUUCUUUGCCCUUUUUAGCAACGCCUCACCCCCCUGCAGCAUCCUAUUAUAUCCCGCCUCCCGUCCCUACGCAGGAGGGUCCCUAUUCCUAUCCGCCCCCGCAAAAGCCGUUUUUAAGGGAGGACCUUGGAGGAGGAGGAGGUGGGAGCGGAGGCCAUAAUGGAGGCGCCCCGAUACCUCCCCCUCCCUAUCCCCCUUACGGAGCUCCCCCACCCCCUAAGGGCCCCACUAAAUCCCAUUCGCACGCCAACGUCGACUACGGCGACUACGAUGACGAAGACAGUGGCGUGCCGGUGACCCCUAUUCAGGGUCCGAUAUUUAUAAAGAACGGUUCAGUGCCUGUGGUGCCGUUGUAUUCGUAUCCUGUGCUUAGUAAUGGUACUUUUGUACAUAUACCGG